UUUUGAUGUUGCUGCAGCGCUUUACUAUUACUGGAUUACUAACUUCAAUCACAAACAGCAAAAUUAUGAAACUAAGGGUGACAAACGAGGUCACGGACCAAAUGACAACAGUUGUCAAUGCAGCAUCUCCAACAUAAAGAGUCGAUUUACACAUUGUCAAGAACAAGAAGAGAGUACUAGGACGAUUGAAGAUGAGCAAACUUUAGAAAAUGAUAGCAAUGACACUACCACUGAUUCGGAGGAUGAGAAUGGUAAGAAAUAUUACAAUGAUGAG